UUGUCAGUUGCCGAGUCUGCCACCUACCCCAUCUGUCCGUACGAACGAGUUGACUACAGCGUUAUCCGUCAGGCUGUCAGGCAUCAUGCUUUUCAUCCCAUCAUAUCGCAUCUCAUCGCAUCGCAUAAAGGGGCUGGCUGCGGAAAAAUAAGGUGUAGUGCAGCUGCGCAGCCAGCCAGCCAGCCAGCCGGACAUGACCAACGUACCAACACACGAUCGAAGGAAAACUGCCUGCCUCGGCAAACGAACGAGACCACUCUCGGUAGGUAGCUAGUCGCUGCAUUGCCAGACCACCCCACGCAGACAGACGCACAGCCAGUGCUGCCUCUCGCAUGCCGUCACUCACAGAGACCGAAAAACGAACGAGGCAGAGCACUCUCUCCACCGUACGUUGCUGUCAUAUAAAGCAUAGCGGUGUGCCUGUGGCACACACGGCACGGCUGCCUUUGUUUCUUCUUUCCGACAUUGCCUGCAUCGCAUCCAUCAGACGGCAUACGAUGGGCUCUCUGACUUGCCGGUCUUCUGCAGUUUGUCUAUGCCCUCAACCACCCGUGCCGACACGAUGGUGUCCCCCACUCGGAUGUCGCGCAGGAAGUCCGCACCAGACACCGUGUAGCCAAAACACGCGUACCUGAGUGAGGCACACACACACACGUGUGGUGUGGGGUGGGGUGGUUGGUCGGGCUGGGUGUCAUUCUGGUGGCUUGGCGAGCGUGUCUGUCUGAGCGUACCUUCCGUCCAUGAAGUUUUUGCCGGCCGGUGUGAGGUCCGAGUCGAAGAGCAGCCAGAAGAACUGUGAGGAGCCGCUGUUGUUGUCGAACUCUGAGCGAGCCAUCCCAAGCGCACCGUACGCCUGUGGAGGAUAGACACGCAAGAAACGACGAUCAUGUUAUGGCCCACAGGCCGAUGCUUUAGCAUGUGGUAAUUUCGGCUGACCUGGAACGGGAGCGUUGUGGCCGCGAAUCCCCGGCCAUCCUCCUCUGUUGUCUCGCCGUACAUGGGCGCAUUGUCGCCCUGUCCACACACACAUCACACACCAACACACAAGUGUCACCCAUAGGCCUUUCCUUGUCUUCUCCAUGCCUCCCUCACCUUGACGAAUAUCUCAAGUGGGACCCUCCUCGGCUCCUUUGCCCCAGUCGGCACAUAUCCCUCCGGUCCGCUGUCAGGCUUCCCCGUCUGCACCACGAAGCCGUCAGAGCGGCUGAUCUUCAUCGAGUCGUAGAAGCCCUUGGACACCAGGUCGACGAAGUUGCCGGCCGUCACUGGGGCGUUCCAGCCGUCAACCACCAUCACGAGCUUGGCCUCGUCGUAUAGACGGCCUUCCAAAUCGAACUUGCUGCCGUCGGCCUUCUUGACCACCAUCUCCACCUGACUCACACACGGCACGGCACACAGACACAUACACACACGUCCUCACUCACACAUGCAGAAAAGACAGACAGGCAGAUGCUCUCUCUUUGUGUGCCAUGUGUCACCUUUGCUCGCCCCUGCAGUUGCGGCAGGCUGGCGAAUUCUUGUGGCACAGGGACCUUGUAGUUCUCCGGCACCAUGAGGGCCAUCAGGGCGGUCAUUUUGUCGGCUAUGCCGCCCUGCAGCUCCAGGCACUUGUCCAGCUUGGCGGCCUCCUGAGGCGAGCCACGUGACGCCGGCUCGCGGAUGGCCUCUAUCAAUGGGUCAACCGACGCACCGAUCGACGCCAGCAGCUCCUUGGCCUUGUCCUCCGACUUGGGUCGGAUGGCCUUGAGCAGGGACGCCUCCUUGUCCCUGAUGAGCACUCUGGCCUUGUUAAGGUGGUUGACGGCCGAGUCGAAGCGCUUGACGGGGAUGUCGCCCUUGACCGCUUCUAACUCCACUUGCAGAGCCGUCACGUCCUUGUCCUGGAUCGGCAGGCCGUAGCGCAGCAGACUGUCGGCGUCCUUGUUGACACGUGAGCCCGCUGCCGAUGGAGCGUUGAGCCCGCCCUGCCACGACUUGGCCGCAUUCGACGGGAAAGAGGGCAGCAGAGGCGAGAGUGCCGCGAUGCCGACAGCUGCACGUGCCGCCUCUUCUGCAUAGCCUCUUCGUGAUGUGCAUUCGGCGUUUUCAGAGGCUGCUGGGCCCGUCGAUUGUUGCUCGGGGAGGGAAGGGCGUCUCAAGGACGGGGUACGGGUCAGGCGAGUUGCAUCACUGAAUGAAUGCUGCACUCUGAACGUCCAGGCAACCUCAGAAAGGCCCAGGAGCGCGGCCGCGCAGAUGGCGACUGAAGAUCUUCUGACGCCCAUGCCCAUGCCGGCGUUCUCUUCUUCCCCUUCUCCUUCUCCUUUCCUCACGGUCCUCCCGCAG